UAUUUCUAUUUCUUAUUCAAUUCUCCUCAUUAAAAAAACACAUAAGACUUUUGUUUUCUAAGUAAUUGGGGGUUUGAUUUUGUUGGGUUUGGUGUUGGUGGUGGCAGCUCAUCUUUGCAUCAGAAUCAUCACCCUUUCAAACCCGACAAAAAACCUCCCCAACAACCAUCACUGACUGUUCUUUAUAUAUACACAUGUGAUAAGUAAUAAUAGUUAGUUGGAGCUAAAGCUUUUUGAUAGAUAGAUUGAAUUGAUUACUGCUUAUUUUCAUUAUUAUCCAGUUGAUUUUGGUUUCGAGAAAGGGAAAUUAACAUGGAUGGUCGGAUGGUGAAAUCUAAUGGUGAAAGUGCUAUGCCUCAAAAGCUCAUUAUUGACACCGACCCUGGGAUCGAUGAUAGUAUGGCAAUCUUAAUGGCAUUUCAAUCACCGGAAUUGGAUAUCUUAGGCUUGACGACUACAUUUGGUAAUGCUAAAUUAGAAGAUGCUACACGUAAUGCUUUGCUUCUGUGUGAGAUUGCAGGGUGUUCAGGUGUUCCUGUAGCAGCUGGCAAUUCUGAGCCUCUAAAGGGUGGAAAGCCACGUGUUGCUGACUUUGCUCAUGGUUCUGACGGGGUGGGGAAUCUUUUUCUACCUUCUCCAAGGGCACAGAAAAUUGAGAAGAGUGCUUCUGAGUUUUUAGUUGAUCAGAUCUCUGAGUACCCUGGUGAAGUAUCUAUACUUGCUCUAGGACCACUGACUAACUUGGCUCUGGCAAUCAAAAGGGACUCCUCCUUCGCAAGCAAGGUGAAACGAAUAGUUAUUCUUGGAGGUUCAUUCUUUGCACUUGGAAAUGUAAAUCCUGCUGCUGAAGCAAAUAUUUAUGGAGACCCAGAGGCAGCGGAUGUAGUGUUUACAUCUGGAGCAAACAUAGUUGUUGUUGGAUUGAAUAUUACCACCCAAGUGAAAUUUACAGAUGAGGAUCUUCUUGCACUGAGGCAAUCAAAGGGCAAGCAUGCUCAAAUAAUAUGUGAUAUGUGCAACUUCUACAGAGAUUGGCAUGUAAAGUCCGAUGGUGUACAUGGGAUUUUUCUUCACGACCCUGUGGCAUUUGUGGCACUAACUCGCCCUGAUCUCUUCACAUACAAGAAAGGGGUUGUGAGAGUUGAGACACAGGGCAUCUGCGUGGGACAUACACUACUAGACCAAGGACUUAAAAGAUGGAAUACAAGCAACCCGUGGACAGAACAUUCCCCUAUUUCAGUUGCUUGGACAGUCAAUGCAGAUGAAGUCCUCAACUAUGUCAGAGAUUCGUUAAUGAAACCAUGAAAAAUAUUGGCACCCUGAAAACCAAAGGAUAUGGAGCGUCGAAGCCCUCUCUGUAAGCAAGUCUUUCUUGCUGGUAACGGCCCAAGUAUCUGGGCGCAAUUGCUCUUAGCAAUCCUUUAAAACUCUGUACGGAUAUGUGCAAAAAAGAUUCACUUAUUGAUGAUGCUCAACUAGUUAAAUUCAAUGCAGUGACUUCUGUUAUUUAAUAAUGGAAUCUGUGCGAUAAUCAUUGAAUUCCUCACUAUUGCUGAUACCUGAAUGCCACACAAUAUUUGCAUUUUUGGGCA